AUGGCAGCAAAGAUUUUCCCUGUCAUCAAACUGGCCACGAAAGUGACGAUUGCUGGAGGAGCUCUUUAUGUAGCUUAUGACUCCGGACUUCUGGGCACCAGCGAGCAGGGAUCUGAGGCUCUGGGGCGGGCCAGAGCUGCCAUACCACCCGCUUUGGAGGAGUGGAUGAAGUACUUUGGCCUGGAGGCUCGGCUUCCUACAAUACCCAAGGUUGAAUUCUCUCCAGUCAUGGCCUGGAAUUCUGGGGUGCGGUCUUCCAUUUCAGCUCUGUCUGAGGCGCCAAGAAAAGCAACUGAAUAUUCCACUCGGGGCUUGCAAUACAUGAAAGAUCUCGCCAAGUGA